AUGAAUGUGUUCUUGAGCCUUCCUAGCCAUGAGCUUGAACUCUACACCGAUCUGGAGCAGCUGCAGCUGGAGCUGAGACUUGGUAGGAGCCGAACGAAGCGAAAGUUCGAAGAUUUGACCAAAGAUCUGAGCUUCUUGGAAGGACAAAGCGCGGGACUGGCAGAGGAGCUGCACAAGACCAGCUCCCAACUGUCGCGCGAGGAGUCCCUGACUCGCCGGAAUGAGGAGCUGACGCAAAGCAAUGAAGAGCUUCGAUGCCAGCUGCUGUUGUUGCAAAGCAAAGAAGAUGGCCCGCAUCCAACUCGGGAUGGACCACGGAAUGAGAAGAGACGAAGUGAUACGCAAUCACCGACCUCUGCUUGCUGGGAGUUCCUGGCACACAAGCCAGACGGUUGGUCGCCUAUCGAAGCUGAGGCGACAAAGGUGAUCGAGCGGGCAUACCAGAUACACAGAGCAGAUUGUCAAGUUCAGAUCCACCGUUACCUGUAUCGGGUUGAUCUGAGAUCUUUCACUCAACAGAACACAGAAACCGGCAAAAUGCGGCAGCUUCGAAGGCUUGCGGCGCUCACGGAUAAUUCCCAAGAGGAGCGGGAAAGCCGCGAGCACAAGGAGAAAGAGCUAGGCUUGUCGCGGGUUGAAUGGGAGAGGUCAACCUUUCUCCGGCGGCGCCUAGAGACGCAGUUAGCUGACGCAGAGGAGGCAUGCAAGAAAACGGAGGUUGAACGGGACAAGUUGGAGCGCGAAGCAUGGGAGGCGGAAGGCCUUCGGCAGGAACUGGUGCAGCAGCUCGCUGACUCUCAGGAGGCAUGCAAGAAAAAGGGGCUUGAGCGUGACAGGUUGGAGCGUGAGGCAGAUGAGGCUGCGAGCCUCAGGCUCCAGCUGGAAAAGAAGCUUGCUGAUAAUCAGGAGGUGUGCGAAAAGAAGGAGAUCCAGGUGGCUGAGUUGCAGGCAAAAUCAGCUGAGCUUGAGCUCCAACUCAAGGUUUUCAGGGAAGUCUCGAAGCUCAAAGCAGCACAGAUUUUGUCUGCGCUGUCUGACGUUUCCACGCUAGCUGCAGACAUGCUUUUGCGGACCAUACCCGAUCGCCAUCCGAAGUACGAUGCCGUGCAUGAUCUCUUCGUCGCCUCCAUGACAAGCCAUCGAGCAAGCUUUCGUUCCAGCAGUUGGUCGAGUCCACCCGAUGUGAACGUAACUCGCAUCUGUGAGGUUGCCAAUCCGACAAGGCAGAAGCUCUAUGAAACUGCCCGGGCUGAGGAAGUAUUCCAGAGAAAUAAGCAGGGCUGUAAUCCUAUUCCGAACAUCACGGCCUUCAAAUGUACUGUCGAGCCGGGUUGCACCGAUUUAAAUGAGCAUCUGCUCUUCCAUGGCUGCCCGCUUCACCUUGUGGAGGAUAUUGCGAGACGAGGGCUCGAUCCCCGGCGAGGUGGAGAAGCUGUCGGCUCCAUGUUUGGCAGAGAAGCGUACUUUGCACAGAAUGCCUCCAAAUCGGAUCUAUACACCACAUGCGACUGCUGCGGAAAAUGCUCCCACAAAGAUUGCUGGCAUGCUGCCGGGGAGCGGUGCAUUCUUCUGGUUCGCGUGCUGCUCGGCGAGAGCUGUUCAGUGACGGACCAGGCGGUGUCUGACUGCAUCAGGGCCCCUGAGCGCCCGGAUGGUGAGCUUUACGAGUCCAUCACAGCACAGGCGAAGGACAACGGCGGGCGAGUGGACCACAUGGAGUUUGUCAGUUUCGAGAAGCAGCUGAGUUUAGUGCAAUACCUGGUCUACUAUCGCCAUAGAGAGCAUUGUAGCUGCCACAACUGUGGGCAACGCCGCAUGCGAGCGAUGCUUUUCAAAACCCUGUGCGGCCAGCCUUAUGGAGGGGAUGGCAUCUUGGCGUCUUAG